AUGGACUCUGAUAAAGUUCCCCAGAACAUGUUCUCAUUUCUGAAGGACUCUGAUGAAAUUCCCCAGAACAAUCCCAAGCUCAAGGCUCAUGCUGUCAAAGUCUUCAAGAUGACAUGUGAGGCAGCCAUUCAGCUGCGAGAGAAAGGUGAGGUAGUGGUUGCUGAUACAACUCUCAAGUAUUUGGGCUCUGUUCACCUUCACAAAGGAGUCAUUGAUCCCCACUUUGAGGUGGUGAAAGAAGCAUUGUUGAGAAUGGUGAAGGAGGCAAUAGGGGAGAAGUGGAAGGAGGAGAUGAAUGGUGCAUGGGGUGAAGCCUAUGAUCAGUUGGCUACAGCCAUUAAGGCUGAGAUGAAGCGUGAGGCUGCUCUUCCUCAUCCCUCCAUUCCAAUGCCUACUUUAAUCAAUCUUCUAUUAAUGAUGAUAUGCUGUCAAUAUGAAAAAUAAUAAUAUCAUUAUCCAGUUUCGUCCAAUGAAAAUGAGCUAAAAGCAGUAGCACUAUUCUAUUCUUCUUG